CAUGCACUUCUUAACCACUCCUAGCAACCCCCACUCAAUUAUUAGCCUUCAUCGUCAUCAUCAUCAGCAUAACAAGAAGUUUCACUCAUUACUCAUCAAUAUCCAAACAUACCAUUUUCUUGGACAACCCUCAAAACUGAAUCAUGGGAAACUGCAUUGAAACAUGUUGCAAGAACAGCCCAGAAGGAGAGAUGAUGAUGAAUCAACAACAAGAAGAAGAAAACCCAAAAAAUGGGAGCAUGAUGAGAGUUAAGGUUGUCCUAACAAAGGAGGAACUGGAGUGGCUCAUGUCUCAGCUGAAGAACACAGAGGAAACAAGAAGGCUUGAAGAUGUGUUGGGAGACAUAAAGAGAAGCAGAGAGAAGAUCAGUAGUACUACUGUUGCUUGGAAACCAUCUUUGGAUAGUAUAGUUGAGAGCCCUGAAGUCCCUGAGGGAAUGGACAGAUCAUGAGCCCUUUUGGCCCCUUUUUUUUCCGGGAGCAGAAAAGUUUGGAGGGUUUCGACUCCAAUUACCGUUACGAGUCAAGACAUGUUCUUGACUGCUGGGAUGCUUACAAAUUACCCAUCAAUGCUGGUCUGUUGUGCCCUUAAUCUUUUGUUCCUUGUUUGUUUGGACUCAUUUUGUUUUGGCUCUUGUUGUCAUAAUGUAGCAAGAAGUUGAUGUGGGCACUUGCAUAUGUAAGAGGAGGGGUUAUGUUUGUAAAUGAUGAUUGCAUAACUCUUGCUUUAGGAUCAAUGUGGGAUUUUCUUGUUUUGGUUCUUGAUGUCCUUAAUUAAUGUCCUAAUUCUCUA